CCGACUGACAGACGGCCGGUCAUAGGAUGUGGGGUUACGCAUGGGGCGUGAGAAAAUAAAGUGUGGGAAAGAGUGGGCGUUCGCGGCGUAGUAAAACAUUUGAUAUGUUGUAGUGAACCGAACACAUAUUUACGAACGCAGUGCGCCAGUAGCAAUAGCUUCGUAUUGUAUAUGUGUGUGUAGUGGGUACAUUGAGCUCAUGGAGCGAAAUAGUUGCGUUGUGUGAGGAAGAGACCGCGAUUGACCGGAGAUCUCGUGGGAAACGACCUUUGUUAUGUACACUGAUAUAUACAUUAGUAUAAACAAAAAAUCUAUUCUGGAACUUAAUCGCACGCGAUGGGAGUCACUGGACUGUGGAGACUAAUAGAGCCAGCCGGCAAACCCGUGCCGGUAGAAACACUUGAAAACAAAGUGUUAGCUGUCGAUAUUUCAAUAUGGUUGCAUCAGAUGGUGAAAGGCUAUCAAGAUGCGAAAGGGGCUCCACUUCCAAAUGCCCAUCUUAUGGGGCUCUUCCAGCGCCUUUGCAAACUGCUAUACUUUAGAAUUAAACCCAUAUUUGUAUUUGAUGGAGCCUAUCCAGAUUUGAAGAAAGAAACCAUUGCUAAGAGACAAGAUCACAAGGCCAAAUAUAAUUCAGAAUCAGAGAGGAUCAAAAGAGAGCUUGCAAUCUUAUUGAGUAAGAAAACAGCUGUCAACAGUUUGUUAGGUAAACAAAUAUCUCCGAGCAAAACUGGGCCAACAUCAUCAUCAAACAACGAUGACAUCUUUAAAUUGCCUGCUUUGCCGCAGCGGGAAGAAGAGAGUGAAUCUGAGUCUGAAGAUGAACAAAAUUCAAGUGGUUCCAGCAUAGACUUACAUACACUUGAUUUAGAAUCCAAUGAGUUCAAGAACUUGGCAGUCAAAGAAAAGUAUGAUUUACUUAUAGAAUUGAAGGAAACAAGGAAAAUGAAUUCAUGGGGCAAGCUUGACACACUGCCCAAAAAGAGUGACACAUUCUCAGAUUUUCAAAUGCAAAGGUUGUUAAAACGAAGAAAAGUACAAGAAUGCUUAGAAGAGACUGAAAAGGAAAUGGGUGAUGCUGGAAUGUCUCUAAAUGAUUUAGAAUCAUUACUUAAUGAAGAGGGUAUUGAUACUAAAAUAGAAGAAAUGCCCACUCGCCGCAUAGCUUCAAAUGUUACUACAAGAUUUUUACUUAUUAAGGACGUCAAAGAGGCUCUGGCUGCAGCUAAAAAGAAAAAAGAGUUGGAGAAUAGGCCAACAACCAGUAAAGUUGAAGAGAUUACUGAGAUAGUUGAAAAGAAACCUGAAAAAGUGGAUGAAUUAGAAGAUGAUUUAGAAAAAGCAAUAAAAAUGUCUCUUGAAUGUGUUGAAGAAAGUAGUGAAACUAAUACUAGUGUUACAAAGACUGAUGAGUCAUGGACAUCAUGCAUGACAGAAUCAGAUUAUUCUAACACUGAUUCAGAGGAAGAUGAUGGCUUUGAACAACCUGACAUGACUUGUGCUAAAUCAUAUAUCAUGCAAUACAGUGAUUUCACCCACAGAGCCAUUAACAAAAUUGUAACAGAUAAGACUAAGAACAAAAACGUGAAGAAGAUUCCAAAAGUGGACGAAAUAUUGGACGAAAUAAAUAAGGAAAAGUCUGUUAUUGUUGAUAAUGUCGAAAUAUCAUCUAGUGACGAGGAUAGUAUGGAAGAACAACCAGUUUCUAAUAGUGAAGAGAAUAACCAAGUUUCUUUUGAAACACCUGAUGAUUAUGUUGAUGCUUCUCAAGCAUCAGUAGUUUGCAUUGAAAAGACUCAAGAUGUUGUGAUAAUUGAUUCAGGUACAGAUGGAACAGAGAACGAAAGUGAAGUGGUAAUUAAGCAGGAAAAUUAUUCCAGUGAUGAAUUUGAAGAAAGUAAUAAUAAGGAAGAUACGGAUUCCAGUGAUGAGUUUGAAGAAGUACCUGAUGUAGAUGAUAAGCCGAUAAAACCCGUUGUGGAACUUACGCUAAAUAUGGGCAGUGCUCCCGAAGAUGAUAUAUUUGCAGACAUCUUUGAAGAAAAGAAAAAGCCCAUUGUAGACAAUGAAGAGAAAUCCUUUGUGAAAGCACAGUCAGACGAUGUUGCAGUCCCAGAUGAAGCUUUCAAAGUGCCACAGGUACCUGCUCCUAAAGUAAGCAUUAAAAAGGUAAUGGAAGUUAAAGUAAUUGAAAAUAAUAGUAAUCUUGAAGUUGUCAAAGAAACCACUUCAAAUAAAUCUAGUAUAGAAAAGCCUGUAAAUGUUAUUACUACACAGAAACCAGAGACUAGUACCAGCAAAUUAGAUUCAGAUAAACUAGUUGUUAACAAUGGUUUGCCAACAGAAGCAGCUGAGAAUAAAAAAGAUAAUAAAGAACCUACAAAAGAGCCUAACAAAAAUGAAUCCCAAGACAAUAAUAUAAUCAAGGUAAUAAACAAUCCUCCAGUUUUAAAUACAGAAAAAUUAAAUUCAAUGGUCGAAGAAAUCCAAAGUGAAGAAUUAGAUUUGAUACAAGAGAAAGGUCGACUAGACCGCGUCGGUCGAAACAUUACUGAACAGAUGACUAAAGAAGCUCAGGAACUGCUCCAAAUAUUCGGUAUACCUUAUAUUGUGGCUCCCACAGAGGCCGAAGCACAAUGCGCCUUCCUAGAGAGUGUGAAGCUUACUGACGGGACAAUCACAGAUGAUAGUGAUAUAUGGCUCUUUGGUGGCAGAACUGUGUACAAGAAUUUCUUUAACCAAAAGAAGCAUGUUUUACAAUUCUUAGCUGACAGGAUUGAGACGUCAUACAAUUUAAAUAGAGAAAAACUCGUCCUAUUAGCUCUGCUAGUCGGCAGCGAUUACACAACCGGAUUAACCGGAGUCGGUCCUGUUACUGCUUUGGAGAUUUUAGCGUCGUUCCCAUUCAACAAGAGACAGCUCCUUAGUGAAUCUUCAAAACAAGCUCAGUAUGCUCAAAUAGUGAAAGGAUUGCAAGAAUUUAAGCAGUGGGUUAGAGCUGGCAAGAGAACUGAUAACACUAGCCUUAAAAAGAAAUUAAAAAAUGUAACAGUCACAGAAGACUUUCCCAGCGUGCGAGUUGUCCAAGCUUAUUUAGAACCUAACAUCGAGAGAAGCGAAGACAAAUUUACAUGGGGCGAGUUAGACAUCACGAUACUACGAGACUACACGAAAGCAAAGUUCGGCUGGUCUCAAAACAAGUUAGAUGAAAUCAUAAAACCAGUGAUUAAGAGGAUGCAGGAUGGUAAGAAACAAAGAUCAGUGCAAGACUUCUUCAAGAGAAAAGUUGAGUUCUCAUCACUUGAAGAACAGAUGAGUAAAAGAGUGAAAGCGGCAAUACAGAAAAUGGGACCCGAACAGCCGGUAGGAGAAGCGACAGAAACAUUUGAGGAAAGCUCUAAACCAGCAAUUAAACGGAAAAUCAAAUCAACCGCCCCUAAAAGUGCAAGUGGUGCCGGACCAUCUGCCGCUAAACAGCGGAAACCAAGCGAAGCAAGUGUACUUAAAAAUCAAGGUGUCAAAGUCGUAUCACACGUCAAGGACGGUAAAUCAGAGUUCGAAAUAAGGAUUCCGAAAUCAGACCGAGUUCAAGAAAUAAUCCCACAAAGAGAAAAGGACAAACAAAGUCUAUUAGAAAAUAAAAUGAAAGCAAUAGAAUUAUUCAGGAAAACUAAUAUCGAUAAAAAGAGAAAAUUUGUGAAACGGAAACCAUUAAAGCCCAAAGACAAGGCAGAUCUCUCAGAAAGUGAUAGUGAUUAAGUUAUUUUUAUACAAGAAUACAAUAAAAAGCUGUUGUAAAAUA